AUGGAAGCUGGAUUUAAAUUCCUACCAUCCCCUGAAGAAUUAAUAAGCAAUUAUUUGGUGCCAAAAUCCCGUGGUGAUCCAGUGAAAGGCGUGCCCAUGGCAGUGGUUAACCUUUGCAAGAAUGAACCUUGGGAACUACCUGAUAAAGCGAUGAUAAAGUUAGCAGAUCAAGCGUGGUAUUUCUUUUGCCCUCGCGAUCUUAAGUACAAGAACCGCAAACUUGAAAAUAGGAAAACAAAGGCCGGUAACUGGAAGUUAACCUGCAGGAUAAAGCCAAUAAUGGCUGAGCAUACUAAGAAAAAGAUUGGUGUAAUGAAGACUUUAACUUUCUACAAAAAAGCUCUGCACAGAUAUGAGAGGACUGGAUGGAAGAUAUAUGAAUUUGACAUCAUCACGGAUUCUAGCCUGUACGAAAAGGGGCAAUGUGUUCUAUGUAAACUGGAGUAUAAAUUAGAAGAUAAGAAGACCAAUAGAGGUGAAGAAAAUCACCAUAUGGCUGAAGCUGAACCAAGUCAGAGUAUGGCUUCUGAUUAUGAAGAUAAAAACAGAAGUGAGAUGACUAGUGAUGGAAGUGAAUUAAGCCACCUUGUGGCUUCUGAAUAUCGUUUUGAAAAUCAAAACUUAGAUGAGCUGAUGGCUAACUCAGCUCCCCAGGUUAGUGAAUUAAAUAAUGAUGAUAGAAAUCAGAACUCAAAUAAGCUAAUGCCUAAUUCAGGUUAUGAUGGAAGUAGGUCAAGAUACUUGACGGCUUUUAAUUCUGAAACAGAAUACUUGAAUCAGCUAACAGCUGAUUCAGCUUAUAAUGGAAGCAAAAGCAACUGUAAGGCUUUUGAUACUGAAAAUCAAAUGUUAAACAAUAUCAAACAAUGGUUAAUGGCUCCUGGUUUGAAAAAUCAGGAAUCGCCCUUUCAAGAGGAAGGUGAAAUAUCAAACAAUAUGAUUACAACCGAUAAGUUAGUUGUUUAUGAGAAAUGGUUAAUGGAACCUGAUUUGGAAAAUCAGAAAUCGCCCUUUCAACAGGAAGGUGAAUCCCGUCCUUCAGCGGUGAAGCCUUCUGAGAUAAUAAAAAAUCCAACUACUGGUAGUGAACCUAAUACCCUAACGGGUUUUAAUGUUAGAAGUCAAAAUUUAUACAAGGAAGCAGAUAUAUCAGCCUUCGAUGAAGGUGACUGUAGUUAUCUCCCAGCAACUCCUUCGGAUUUUGGAAAUCAAAAUCCUUGUGAGAAGACUGAUAUGUCAAGUACCCUUGAAGAAGAUUAUUCGAGUUACUUGAAGGACUCUGUUUCAGACAACGAAGUGGGGCAGCCUGCUGGGGUGGUGGUUCUCCUCUUAGAUCAACCACGCCUUCGCCUUUUGCUUCCGUUUUAUGCAGAGGAAUGGAUUGCGAUUUCUCAUCAGCCAUCUCCUGAAGAAUUAAUAAGCAAUUAUUUGGAGCCAAAAUCCCGUGGUGAUCCAGUGAAAGGCGUGCCCAUGGCAGUGGUUAACCUUUGCAAGAAUGAACCUUGGGAACUACCUGAUUCUAGCCUCUACAAAAAGGAGGAUUAUGUUCUCUGUAAAUUGGAGAAUAAAUUGGAGAAGAUCAAGAAAGGUGAAGAAAAUCACCAUAUGGCUUCUUCAGUUUCUGAUUCUGAAGCUGAACCAAGUCACAGUAUGGCUUCUGAUCAUGAAGAUAAAAACAGAAGUGAGAUGACUGUGAAUUCAGCUAGUGAUGGAAAUGAAUUAAGCCACCUUGUGGCUUCUGAUCGUUUUGAUAUUCAAAACUCAAAUGAGCUGAUGGCUAACUCAGCUCCCCAAAUUCCUGAAUUAACUUCUGAUUUUAGAAAUCAGAACUCAAAUAAGCUAAUGUUUAAUUCAGCUUAUGAUGGAAGUAGGUCAAGCUACUCCAUGCCUUUUAAUUCUGAUGCCCAAUGCUUGAAUCAGCUAACAGCUGAUUCAGCCUAUAUUGGAAGCAAAAGCCACUAUAAGGCUUUUGAUUCUGAAACUCAAAUAUCACAAAAUAUGAUUACUGUGCCAACUGAUGUGGAUCAGUUAAUGGCUUGUGACAAAUCGUUAGUGACUCCUGGUUUGAAAAAUCAGGAAUCGCUUUUUCAACAUGAAGGUGAAUGCGGUUCUUCAGCCGUGAUGCCUUCUGAGUUUACAAAAAAUUCAACUAGUGGUAGUGAACCAACUAGCCUAAUGGGUUUUGAUUUUAGAAGUCAAAAUCUAGACAAGGAAGCAGAUAUAUCAGCCUUCGUUGUAGGUGACUGGAGUUAUCUCACAGCAACUCCUAUGGAUUUUGGAAAUCAAAAUCCUUGUAAGAAGACUGAUAUGUCAAGUACCCUUGAAGAUUAUCCGAAUUACUUGAAGGACUCUAUUUCAGACAAUGAUCUAGCUGCUGUUGGGCCUCCAGAGGCACUUCCUGAACUACUAUCAGAUAUGGAAGAGUUUCUUGAGAAAGAAAACAGCCCCAGCACUGCACUUGAUCAACUGCCGGGCAUGGAGGAAAUCCUCUCCUAUAUCGGCUUUGAUACCUCUGCAUCUACUUGA